AUGGGAGAAGGCUCCACUUCCUUCACCGCCCGUUUCCGCACGCGGCGUGCCACGGAUGCCGAGGAAUUUCGAUCGUCCUUUGCGCGAAGUUCUUUUAUCGGCACAACAGCAACGAGCGGCAGCGUGACCGAUCUGCUGAAAUGCUGCGGGAGCGGGACUGCUCAACAGAACUACAUGUGGAAUCCCACCAAGGAUGUCUUGGGCCAGGGCGUGACCGGCAUCGUCUUCAAAGCGCGCCCGAGGCAUUCGCCGGAUCGCUGUUGCGUCAUAAAGCAGCAGAGGCGAAACGACAUGGCCCUGAAGGCCAUCCUCGCCGAAUUCCAGCACACCAGUGCUCUUUGUCAUCCGAACAUUCUUCAGGUUCGAGAGUACUUCGUCGACAUUCUGAACGUAUACGUCAUUGCGGAGUGGGCGGAAGGCGGCGAGCUUUCCCGCGUCAUCUCCCAUGCUCGGGGCGAAGGGCGGCCACCCAGUGUGCGAUGGGUGGCCUCCGUGGCGCAACAACUGUUGCGUGCGCUGCGGCAUUGCCAUGUCAAGCACAGGUUGGUCCACGCAGACAUCAAGCCGGAGAACGUCCUGCUGUUUGGGCAGGGAGCUCUCUUCGAGGAUGAGGAGUGGAUCCCUCCGGCGGUUCUGCUGGCGGACUUUGGCAACGCCGCACAGAAGACGGACCCUACCGGCGAGACCAUCUUCAUACCGAUGGGGGAUCCCCGGUAUGCCGCUCCAGAGCUACACCAGGAGCAGUGCUUCAUCGAGCCCUACCCGCAAUUGCAGCUUCCUUUGGACUAUCUGCACGCCACGGAUAUCUGGAUGCUUGGUGCCACGCUCCACGAGAUGCUUUUCCUGCGGCUCCCCUACCUACAGGAUUUCCGCGGCUCGCAUCAAGACUUUUUGCAGAAGAUGUGCAACUAUGGCCAGGACGAUCCUUACGAGAAGUUUGCGGAGGCAGGGCAAAGUUUGCCCAUCGGCGCCGAAGAGCGCGCCAGAGCUCCGAAGGCUGUGGACUUAUUGGAGCAGCUUCUGGGGCUUUCCUAUCAGACGAGGAUUACUGCAGAUGCUGCCCUGGCGUCGUCGUGGCUGGCCGCGCCGGAAAGGCAGGCGAUGACACUCAAGCCGGAGCGUGCUGAGGUCAUGCUGAAGAAUGCGCGAAGCUCUGGUCGGAAGAUGCUCUUCACCACCUUAGAGGUCCUCGCGAGACAUAGCUCCUUUGCCCAGGAGGAGAGAGACUUGAUGGAGUCUUUCUGCAGCCUCGAUGUGAACGGUCAUGGAGAGGUGCCCAUCGAAGAUCUUCAAGUUGGGUUGCGGCAAGCGGUGCCGACCUGGAGCAAUCGAGAGCUGAAUCAAGUCGUGGCGUGGAUGACGAAGGGCUUUCAAGACAAAGUGGUCGACUUUCGGCGGUUUGUGGCCUGCUCUCUUGACCUGGAGGAUGAUAUCGUGGCAGAGAGACUUCGAAUUCUGUUUCAUCGCUUUCCCCGACGAGGCAUUCAGAUUCGCGUGGUGUGGCCUGAAACUUCGGCUCUCACCAAGAUGUUCGGUCAGGCCUUACCGGGAGGUCAAAGCUUGUCGGCGGCCGCGAUGACUUUGAAGGAUAGGUUAUGCCAGGCGCUGCAGCAGCAGCUGAACUGCGCGCCGAAGUUUGUGGGCAGCGAGCCCAGCAAGAAACGAUCCAAGCGAAAGGCAGAAAUGUUCUUCGAGAUCGAACCUGAAAGUUGGGACCGAGGCAAUGGCGACGGGCUGCAAUCGAACCUCCUUUCCAAGUCCAAGGCCAUCGGGAUGCAGAAGGUCCGGAGUGCCAUGGCGUCGCUAGCGCAGAAGACCGAUGCGAUACAGCAGGCGCUGAACAAGCGUCAGCCACCAGAGGAGCACGUGAAGAUCCACAUCGACCCAGACAACUUCAUCCUUUCCGAUGACAUGACUGGCAUGUUGAAGAUUACGGAAGGGCAUGGAAACCAGCUCAUGUUCAAGUGCCCCUUGGGCCAUUCCGUCCGAGGAGGCCAGGCGCCGCUGGCUGGCAGCUCACUCGUGCAACGCUACCAGCACUGCAAUGUUUGCCUGGAGGGCUUGCAGGAGAAGGAGAGCCUGGACGUCGGUGAUCCAACGCAUUGCCUGAUGUGCGGCUACGCGGUCUGCGCACAGUGCUUGGCCAAGCGGACCUGGCUGAACUCGCUCUUCCCGGCGGGAGGGAGGACUUGGAUGCGGCUGUACAUGGAAGGCCUGGAGAGUCAGGGGAGUUUCCUGUGUUUGGAGCGCUUCAAGUUGCUUUGGCUCGGACAGGUCUUUCGCCACCACCGGACCUUCAGCAAGCCACAGAUGAUGGUGCUGGCAGUGAGGCAUUUAAGCGAGAAGUGUGCCAACACGUGCCCUUGCCUCCGAAAGUGUCUCCAGCGCUUGGUCCGGAGAUGCCUCGGCGAGUCGGCAGAGGAACGACAAAGACUCGUGAGCUCCACAGGCGGAGGCGCUGUCGAGCUGACCGACAUGGAGGGCAGAUCUUUGAGCGACGCCGCUGGCAGCCGAGCCCCCGGGAGCGAGAGGAAGAAGGCAAAGAAGAAGACAAAGCUGCCUGGCAUCAAGCUCGUCAUCUUCGAUUUCGACUUGACCCUGGCUGCCGUGCAUGUCUUUCACAAUCUCACCGGUGGUGCGGAGGGGCAGGCAGGGAACAAGGGCACGGGUGAGAGCUUCGGGACAUGA